AUGGCCCCGUCACAUCUGCGAACCCCGCCCCAGGCGCCCCCAUUGUUCACAGGAACACCGUCGUCCAUCCUCGCCGACACCAAACGGCUCAUUGAGCAAUCUCGAAAGGUGCAAGAUGCCGUAGCCAAGAGCGUUGAACUCGAAGCAGCCACGUUUGACAAAGUUGUGUUGCCGCUGGCGGAAGAUGAGAAUACCAUGGCGUUGGAAUCGCACAUCUUGGGCUUUUAUCAGUCUGUUUCGACUGAUGUGGGGCUUCGUGAUGCGUCGACUGAGGCUGAAAGAUUGAUGAAUGACUUUGCCAUUGAGACAGCUAUGCGUGAGGAUUUGUUCAAGUUGACUGAUGCGGUGUUGAAGAAGGGUGAGAAGCUGGACCCGGAGUCGCAGAAGUUGCUGGAGAAGGAGCACAAGGACUAUAUCCGAAAUGGGCUGGGAUUGCCUGCUGGGCCGAAGAGAGAUCGAUUCAAGGAAAUCAAGAAGAGGUUGAGUCAGAUCGCCCUUGAAUUCCAAAAAAAUUUGAAUGAAGAGAGAGGUGGUGUGUGGUUGACGAAGGAGGAGCUGCAUGGGGUGCCGGAGGAUGUGGUUUCAGGGCUGAAGAAGGGCGAGGGAGAGAAUGAAGGGAAGCUGUUCUUGACGUUCAAAUACCCCGAUCUAUUCCCGUUGACAAAGUACGCUACGAAUGCCGAUGUGAGGAAACGUGUCAUGAUUGCGAACGAAAACAAGUGCAACCAGAAUGUUCCUCUGUUUAGAGAGGCCGUCAUCCUUCGCGACGAAGCCGCACGGCUGCUUGGGUACCCAAACCAUGCUACCUUCCGUGUCGAGGACAAGAUGGCGAAAACACCGGAGACGGUUGAUAAAUUCUUGGGUGAUCUUCGUGCCAGGCUAAAGGAUGGAGGCCUUAAGGAAAUUGCAAAGCUGAAGGAGCUCAAGGCAAAUGACUUGAAAUCCCGGAAUCCAAGCCAAGAAAGUGAUGGGCAUUAUUUUCUAUGGGACCAUCGCUUUUACGAUCGCAUGAUGCUGGAAAAGGACUACCAAUUAGACCACCAACUGAUUGCAGAGUUUUUCCCAUUGCAUACCACUAUCCGUGGGAUGUUGAAGAUUUUUGAGGAACUCUUUGGCCUUGUUUUCGUGCAAAUUGAGGGAGAAGAACGAAGCAAGCUUUCAACGACUGGCAAGGGAGAUGACAUCGUUUGGCAUGAGGAUGUUCAGGUUUUCAGCGUUUGGGACGAUGAGGGCGAGGGCAAUGGCUUUGUCGGUUACUUGUAUCUCGACUUGUUCCCAAGAGACGGCAAAUAUGGACAUGCAGCCAAUUUUAAUUUGCAACCGGGAUUCAUCGCCAGAGAUGGAAAACGCCGAUAUCCAGCGACUGCCUUGGUGUGCAACUUUUCUAAACCCACACCUAAGAAGCCUAGCUUGCUCAAGCACGAUGAAGUGGUGACACUCUUCCACGAGCUGGGCCAUGGUAUUCAUGAUCUCGUGGCGAAGACAGUUUAUGCCCGUUUCCAUGGAACGAACACUGUCCGUGACUUUGUGGAAGCACCUAGUCAAAUGCUGGAAAACUGGUGCUGGACGCCCUCGCAAUUGAAAUCGUUGAGCAAGCAUUUCUCCUAUCUCUCACCUGAGUAUCUAGAAGCUUGGAAAGAUCAGGCAGGCGAUAAACCACGACCUUCAGAGCAGAUAUCUGAUGAACUCAUCGCAAAUCUUAUCAAGACUAAACAUGUCAACGAUGCUUUGUUCAACUUGCGACAGCUUCACUUUGGUAUCUUUGAUAUGACUGUGCAUGAGCCUGCAGACCAUGAUGCUAUCCAAAAACUAAAUAUCACGGAGAAGUAUAACACUCUUCGCAAAGAGAUUACGAGUCUUGAAGGACCUGAGGCGCUUGGCCUUGGUUAUGACUGGGGACACGGUCAGGCAACCUUUGGCCAUCUCAUUGGAGGAUACGACGCUGGAUAUUAUGGCUAUCUUAGCUCCCAAGUGUACUCGGCGGACAUGUUUUACAGUGUGUUCAAGAAGAACCCGAUGGAUGGGAAGGAAGGGCGGAGAUACCGGCAUGUUGUUCUUGAGAAGGGAGGCAGCCAAGAGGAGAUGGAAACAUUGAAGCAGUUCCUCGGCCGCGAACCUCAGCCAGAUGCAUUCUACAAGGAGCUAGGCUUAGCUUAA